AGUCUGGUUCACAGGCGGGUUCCCAUACUCAACUGCUCUCUGUAAAGUAAGAUCCACUAUUCAAUUGACUUCGUGACAGGAUCAGAUCUGCACUGAAAAGUCCUUGAAGAUUAAGUAAAAAAUUCAUGGAUCUGGAGUGGAAUAUUAACUAACGGGUUAAACAUAUGUUAUAAGAAAGCUGCGUUUCCAUUGCUGCGCUCACAGUCACAGACAGACAAGAGAGGGACGGACUUGGACGCACGUCAAGAAGUUCACCGACCGAUGCGACGCUAGUGCCAAAAACACUUCAGAAAAUACACGAGAAAUGGGGAAACGAAAGGAGCUCAAAUUGGAAAUUCAUGAAAGUGGAAAGACAAUCAAAUCACAGAAACUAUGUGGAACCAACUACCCUGUCUGCAUCUCCUUCAUUGUGGUGAAUGAGUUCUGUGAACGCUUCUCCUACUAUGGCAUGAAAGCGGUGCUGACGCUGUACUUCAUCAAUUACCUGCAUUGGAACCAGAACCUGUCCACAGCAGUGUACCAUGCCUUCUCCAGCCUCUGUUACUUCACCCCUAUUCUGGGGGCCCUCAUUGCUGACUCCUGGCUGGGCAAGUUCAAGACCAUUGUUUACCUCUCUGUUUUCUAUGUGCUCGGUCAUGUCGUCAAGUCGGUUGGGGCCAUACCGAGUGUGGGGGACUCGACCAUACACAUAGCAUUGUCUAUGGUGGGGCUGAUCCUUAUAGCCUUUGGUACAGGAGGCAUCAAACCCUGUGUAGCAGCGUUCGGAGGUGAUCAGUUUGAUGAAGAACAUACGAACGAAAGGAGGAAAUUCUUCUCAAUUUUCUAUAUGUCCAUCAACGCUGGGAGUGUCUUAUCGACAGUCAUCACUCCAAUACUGCGAGGAAAUGUGCAGUGUUUUGGCGGUGACUGCUACGCUCUUGCUUUCGGAGUACCAGCCAUUUUGAUGGUCAUUGCUCUAGUCGUGUUCAUCUCUGGAAGUGGGAUGUAUAAGAAGAGUCCACCUGAGGGGAACGUCUUAUUGGAUGUGUGUCGGUGCCUGGGGUUGGCCAUCAAGAACCGGUGGAUGAGUUCUAAGUAUGACUCUAAGAGGAAACACUGGCUGGACUGGGCAGAGGAGAAGUAUCCGAAACGUCUGAUCCAUGAGAUUAAGAUGGUCCUGAGGGUUCUGGUGCUCUUCAUCCCUCUGCCCAUGUUCUGGGCUCUGUUUGACCAGCAGGGAUCCCGCUGGACUCUCCAGGCCACCCGGAUGAACAUGGCCUUUGGAUCAGCAUUCGUUCUGAAGCCUGAUCAAAUGCAGAUGCUAAACGCUCUGCUCAUCCUCAUGUUUGUGCCUAUCUUUGACGUGGUUGUCUACCCACUCAUAGGCCUGUGCAGGAUCAAUCUCACGCCGCUGAAGAAGAUGGCUGUUGGUAUGAUCUUUGCAGCGCUGGCCUUCGGUGCUGCCACCUUGGUGGAGGUCAACGUCAUGAAAACAGUGGUGGAGCCUGCACCUCGUGGACAGUGUCUGCUACAGGUCUACAACCUGGCUGACAGUGACGUCAAACUAAGCAUCCCUGGGAGUAACCUAUUCUCACAACCCAUCAAAUCCUAUGAGGAUCCUCAAGCAUAUCAGCAUCUUGAACUGGGGGGACACAACAAGACCAUCACUGUGGGGAUCAAUCACAAUGGACACUUUCAUGAGUGUAGAGAGACUUUCACAGAGCAGAAAGCCUACAGUCUCGUCCUGCACAGCAAAACCUCGGGAAUAGUGUGUCAACUAGCGACAGACAACAUACUUAAAAGUGAAAAAAUGGAAGCAUACCUGAGGUUCAUAAACACGCGGAGUGAGGCUGUGAACGUAACGAUGGCUGGUGUGGACUUUUACAUACCCGCUGACUAUGGCAUAUCUCCCAAUAAGAGUGUGGAAAGAAAGGAGUAUACAAGCGUGAGGUGUACAUCAGGCUCACAGGAUUUCUCCAUCAACCUGGGCCUGCUCGACUCUGGGGCUUCAUACACAGUCAUCCUCAAAGGGGGCUCUGGAGACAUCAUUCCCCAGAAGAUGGAGGAUGUGAAGGCCAACAAUGUUCACAUAGCCUGGCAGAUCCCCCAGUAUGCCCUGAUGACAGCAGGAGAAGUCAUGUUCUCCAUCCCAGGCAUCGAGUUCUCCUAUUCACAGGCCCCAGCCAACAUGAAGUCACUGCUGCAGGCCGGCUGGCUGCUGACUGUAGCCUUUGGCAAUGUCAUUGUGCUAAUCGUAGCAGAGGGGGCAGGUCUGGAUCAGUGGAUGGAAUUCCUGCUGUUCGCUGGCCUCCUGGUGGCAGUCUGCAUCAUCUUCUCCAUCAUGGCUUACUUCUACACCUACGUAGACCCAGGCGAGCUAGACAAGCUGUUCCCAGACAAGACAGUCAAUGAGGAUGAAGAUGACCUGAAGAAGGACCAGACAGACGACACUAUGUACUUGAACUCAAUAGAGAAGAGCACCAAUAUGUAGUCUGGUGACUGAAUUCAGAGUGUUUCCCUCUCAGGAGAUUUGUAAGCCCCCAGUGUGGAAUCUUUUUUGUUUUAUACAUUUGUAAAUCGAAGCAAAGUAUUAAGAUAUGGUGAUUGAGUGUAUUUUACUUGCUGAACCUUACUGAAUGUUGUUAGUUAUUGUCACACCCUGUCUGUGUGAUCUUACAGUAUGGACUAACCACAGUCAGCACUCCAACUGAGACACUUCUCAAAAUCUGGAGGUCAAACCAGGACCGGUGGUAACAAAACACAUUGUUCAAACGCUGUAUUUUAUUUUUGUGAAUUUCUAAAAUGUUACUGAACAUAGUAGAAUGAUCUGAAGUCCCCUGUUUACAAUGAUGUUCAAAGAUGAAAACAACAGACUCUUGUAGUUGAUAAACAAAACAAUUACAGAACAUUGUGAAAAGGGUCCUUCUUUAGCAGGCAUGAAACUUAAGGAUUUUGGUUACUAGUAGAGCAAUUUUUAACUAGUAGAACCAUUUUUACUAGUGGCCUAGAUUCAUUUCCAUCCCUGCUCUUUAGACUGUCUACCUGAGACAAAUACUGGAGUAGACUUAACUCCAGUAAUACCUGACUAAAAGAGCCUCAUUCAAAUGACAAAACUAUGAGUCAAGGAAAAAUGUCUAGUGUGUCCUAAUCAUUUGAUAGAUUGACCUUCAUAAAACGUUCCACUCCUGGGAACCAUUUUACUCGAAUUUUACUCUUGUAGUACGUAAAUAAAAAUGUGUAAAUUU